UCUCUCUCUCUCUCUCUCUCCAGGGCUCUCACUGAUACAAAAGCCUUGAUAUAUCCCUCUGCUCGGCGGCCACCACCAUUUUCGAACAGCUAAUCAUGUCCAGUUUAUAUGGUCAAAACUUCAAUUUCUCACCUGCUCGAGCCCCUUCUUCUCCACAUAUAUGGGCAAACCCAGAUGUCGAAAGUACGUAUCUGGGAGAGCUACUUGAAGAAAAGCUGAAACUUGCGCCUUUUAUGAGAGUUCUUCCCAUUUGCAGUAAAUUAUUGAAUCAAGAGAUAUUUCGGGCUUCAGCAAUGAUACCCAACCAAGGUUUUAACGACUAUGACAGACUGCAACGUGGUAGCCCGAGUCCUCUGAAUCCUUCAGACGUUAUGCCGGAUAUUGAUGCUAAUGGUUUAAUCCGUUGGAACGGAAAUGCCGGAUGGAGUCCUCUUCAACAUGAGAGAUUAGGUAUGCCACCAGGAUUGCCAAUGGAUCACUGGAAUUCAGCACCGGCAAGCCCAAGUUCGUUCAUCACAAAGAGGAUCUUGCGCUUGGAUAUACCCGUCAACAACUUCCCUAAUUUCAACUUCGUUGGAAGACUUCUAGGUCCUAGAGGCAAUUCAUUGAAGCGAGUUGAAGCCACAACCGGAUGCCGUGUGUUUAUUAGAGGCCAGGGAUCCAUCAAAGAUCCCGAAAAGGAGGAAAGUUUGAGGGGUAGACCGGGAUAUGAACACCUUAACGAACCGCUUCAUAUAUUGAUUGAGGCCGAGUUGCCUGCAAGCAUCAUCGAUGUACGUUUGAGACAAGCUCAGGAAAUCAUCGAAGAACUGCUCAAACCCGUGGAUGAAUCUCAAGAUUUGUAUAAGAGACAACAGUUAAGAGAGCUUGCUAUGCUAAACUCAAACUUUAGAGAAGAUAGUCCUCAACCGAGAGGCAGCAUGUCGCCUUUCGGUUCAAGUGGCAUGAAACGUGCAAAAACCGGUUGGUGACGAAACCCAAAACUUCCUUCUAUCUUAUGCGUAAUGUACAACCCGUCGAUGCAUGUCCAUCGUUCAUGGAUUCAUACAGUCUUGCUGAAACCAACGUUGUUUUUGGUGAUGGCGAAACAAGGAAAGAGCUUGUUGUAGUUUUGUUUUCGUUUUUUUUUUCUUUAGUUGAUGUAGCUUUUGAACUGUAGUUUGUUUGUUUUUCUUUCGUUUUUGAAGUAGAAAUAGUUAUUGGAUUUAUUUAUUAUUGACAUUUUACCUAAGUUUUUGCA